AUGGAGUAUUAUACGGGGUUUUGUGCAUUGGUUAGGUCCAAGCUGGCUGACAAUGCACAAAACUUCCAAAUCGUCAUUUGUGAUCCAAAUCUGUCAAUGACAACCGGAAAAUGGCCUCGAUGCAGGGCACAUCACCGGCCCUCGCCCAUGUCGUCUACGCCUGGCCGUAGCCAAGUCAGUAUUGUACGUGGGCGUGGCGGUGAGUACCAUGGUCGUGGUGGUCGUGGUGGACGUGGUGGACGUGGCCGAUUACGUGAACACGGCCGAUAUGAUAAACACGGCCGAUAUGGUGAACCCACGGACAUUUAUUCGAACGCGUUAAUUGCAUUGGGGCACACUGUCUCAUCAAUUGUAUCAGUCGUACAAAUGGCCACACAGAGUGCAAGUCCACCCACGCAACCCACGCCAGGACCUUCGUGGAGCAAUGCAAAUUAUACUCGUGGACGGGCACGUGAAUGGGCACAUGGACGUCAAACCAUUAUGUGUCAUAAUUGCAAAAAAUUUGGCCAUACACGGCAGUAUUGUCCUAAAAAGUGUAAGUACCUGGACAAAUGA